GGGAGGGGGGUCCAGCGCGGAUCCAAGAAAUCCGCGCGGACCUCCGAGUUGUUAUGGUCAUGCCAGUUUCCGUUUCUUGACAUACACUGAACCUGUGGGGGCCACCUGCGUCCCACAGGUCGUUGCAUCAUUCGGUGUCCAGAUCACCUCGGAUGGCCUCGGAUAGCCUAGGAUAGCGUCGGAUUGUAUCGGAGACGGAUUCGAAGAUGGCGUGGAUAGCUGGGCCAGGUGGGGUAGAGAACGUGUCCCCAUAUGUUCGACAAACGUGAGGUUUUCCUGCUCGUUCCCGAUGGGGCCCACGCUGAUCCAGACGUUCGGCAUGACGAACUUGCAGUUUGGGAUGCUUACUACAACGUUUGCGUUUGCGAAGCUCUGCUGGAACAUCCCUUCGUCGAUCCUUGCGGAGAGGUACGGGAGAAAGCCGUUGCUGGUUGGCGGCCUCUGCUGUAUUGCCACAGGGCUGGGAGGGGUGGCGGCCGCAUCGUGCUACGAGGAGCUGUUGCUCCUCCGGCUCCUUGUCGGCACCGGCGUGGCAUCCACCUUCACCGCGGCGGGCAUGUACAUCACUGACAUUUCGCACCCGCUGAAUUCCGCCCGGACGCGGGCACCCAUGCAGAUGGGCAUGUCGGCAGGGCUGCUUCUCGGGCCGGCCGGAGGAGGGUAUCUGCUGGAGCAUUGGGGGCUGCAGACGACCUCCGUGGUGGUCGGCUUGAUAUCGCUCGGGACAGUCCUGCUCGCGUCUCUGGUGCUGCCCGAGACCUUGGUGCACAGCGGCGCGCGCCGUCGCACAGGUGGGCUGAUGCAGACGCUGCAGUCCUGGGGCCCAAUCCUGCAAGACAAGAGCUUCCGGAGGAUACUAUCCUGGGGGUUCUGUUACAAUGGUGCCUUCUUCGCGGCCCACGCUCUGCUCCCAUUGGCGUUCACGGAUCUGUCAUUAUCGCCUUCUGUGAUUGGCGGCGUGUCCACUGCCAACGCAGUGGUGGGCCUCAUUGCCACUCCCAUCGUGGCGCGGGCUGCCGACCACUUCGGGAAGCUCGCUGUUGUUCUGCCUGGGGCUGUACUGUAUGGGUCUUGCUUGAUAUUGGUGCCGCAGGCAACUUCACUUUUAGAACUCCUGCCGAUACUGGCUACCAUGCAGGUGGGUGGUGCCAUGUGCUCUCAAGGCCAAAUGCAUGCAAUGGACCAGGUCGGUAUUCGGCACCGAGCCAAAGUGCCAGGACUUUGGAACACAUUUGGAGACGUAGGAAUGCUGACCACGUCUGCCGCCUGUGCCACCAUUGCUCAGCUGUCAGGGACAACCACUGCAUUUCAGGCUGACGGAAUGUUCUUGUUGGUCGCCACUAGUGUUCUGUUUUGGGUGUCAAGGCUGAGAUGACCUUGCGAACAUGUCGACAUGGUAGGCCCGAGGUGCUUGCGAAUAUUCUUCAGCGUGCGCUGGAAAUGUGCCC